AUGGGCAAUUGUGAUGAACCUAUUACGGAGACGUUGCUUUUGAAGACUUCGCCCGUCAAGUUGAAUGCACACAUGAUAAUAAUAGAGUGCAUACUCACCCUUUACGUGCGAGAGAUUCUGAUUCCUGUGAAAGUUGGCGAGGUUGUGUCGCGGUUUACAGGCGAUUUUGAGUCCUUUGAUCCUGCCUCCAGUGAGCAUGACCUUCCUCCUUCUUCGGAACCUGAAGAUGUUGCACUCUUUUGGGUGAAUCGUGCCUGUGCUCAGCUGAACCAGGAAAUUGCUCGUGAUUAUAUGAACCAAGACGAUGUCUCGCAGAUUGAUCCUGAUGAGCCCUGUCCGGUAGUUCCUUCACUCGAUGAGCUGUCGGACAUGUGUGAUGGCUGUUCACUCUUUGGCCUGCUUGCCUUCUACUGUCCGACGCAGUUAGACUGGCACGAAAUUUGCCUGAAACAAGACAUUUCCAUUGCCGACUCCAUCUACAACUUACAGCGCGUGCAGUACUUCACAGCCGAACACUUUCCUUCUGAUGUGUGCUUUCUCACGCUGGAAGACUUUCUCUACCUUCCUGAACCUCUUGUGCCCAAUUUCCUUGCAUUCAUCGCCGACCUGUUGUUUCUUUUUGAGAUUCAACCUGUUGAAUGUGUGACGGCGCCAUACCUUCGCCUUUUCCCCGAAGGCUAUGGUGACGAGUACCAACCAAACUACCCACCGCUCCCUACCCCAUCGGAAAUGAAAGCUCGUUCGCUGAAGCACCAGUCCUGGAACGACUCACUGGAAAUGUCUCCCGGAGAGUCCGCCUUCUUCAAUCACCCUUCCACCCACCAACUGUACAACGACCGACGUAGCUCCUACAAGUCAGGAAGUAAUACCGCUUUGAACCAGUCUAGUCGACGUAAUUCGCUAACUACCAACAACAACAAUGGAAGUCGUGUCCUUCACCGCCGUUCUUCCAUCAUGUCCAAUGGCAGUGAAUCUCAACCUCAGGUUGAGCGGCAACUGAACGCCCCUGAAAUGGAAGAGACAUAUUCAAAUGGGGGUAGACAUCAUCAGCACUUUCACGGAGAUGGAGACAGCGAAAAUGGAGUGGCGGGAGAUUCUGGUGGCCAGUUGUCUUCAUACUUUUCAACUCUCAGUAUUUCUAACAACAGACAGAGUGGAGGUGGUGGUGGCAGUGGUGGUGGUCCUUCAGCAUUAAACAACCCCGAUCAAGAGUAUUACAAAAAUCGAAAUCGUGUACCCAGCGGCCAUCUGACUGACUAUUUCUCCAAUCUGACGGCUGCCGGCACACCGAGCCAGCCCGAGGCAAGCUAUAACGCCAAUCGACUGAGCACUCACGUCAGAGCCAAAGUGGCGCACCCAAACAAUGCCGACAAUGUAAAGUCACUGCUGGCCCACGAAAUGCACCAGCACCACUCGGCAUUCGCAAACACCGCUAACGUGGACAGCAGCCAGACGACGUCUAGUGAGACUUCCAGCAUAGCAGAGCUAUCUGAAUACUCGGACUUGGUUAGAGCUCAGCUGAAUGAAAAGCGAAAGCAGAUUGAGCUUGAACGACAACAGGAACGCGAGAAACGAGCUUCGGUAGAUCAGAAUUUUAGACAGGAGGUGUUGCGCACUUUGAAGGGCAUUCAUCCUAACGAGGACUCCAAUUCAGACGUUGACGCUUCGGAAAAUGGCGUCAAAAUGAUGGACACCGUUAACAACAACUCUGCUGCUGUUGAUGAUGAAAAUCUGACGUUUGAAAUUCACGAACUGAAUCCUAUUCGUCGAGAAAAAACGUUUACGUCCCUUGCUUCUAGUAAAUCAUUGAACAAUUCUUCUACUUAUAUGCGCAAAAAUUUGUUUUCCGCUUCUGAGGAUCUGAAAGCUUCAAUGACUGACUUGAAUUACUCAAAUGCUAAAGAUGGCAGUGAAAAGCCAAAGUUCGACGCCGAAUCUUACUCUCCCUCAAAGAACUUUUCUAAUCAUUCCACCGAAACGCUGUCUACCGAAGAGAAAAACUUUAGAUCGCCGACGUCCGAGCCUGUCAUUUCAGCCAGCGCAGCUCAACAAAGCUGGUACAGCAACCAGGCGGCGGCGGCGGCCUAUCCCCCAGCUCACCACAUGCCGCCCCAUCCUGGCGCCUACCCCUAUCCGUAUGGUAUGCCACCGGGUACUGCCCCUCCCCUCAGCAGACCUCCCUACGCAUUGCACAUGGAGCCGGCGCAGUACGGCGUUCCGCCGUAUGCCACCCCGGAGCAGUACAUGUCCAUUGGGUACAUGCAGCAGCAGACGGCACCGACACCACCCAGUGCUGGGAACACUGCUGGCGCACCCGGUUCAGCAUACUCUCCAUCGCCUGUGCACAACUCAUCACAGAUGGCACAAAUCACUCAGCACCAGAUGGGUUCGGCCACAUUUCGGGUGCAAAAGAGUAACGGCACCUUUUCUGAACACCCAAAUACUCAUCAUCAUCAGCAGCAGCAGCCUACAUCGGAGUUUAGUAGUUCAGCUAAUCAUUUGAAUAGUUUGCCGCACAACUCACUUACUGCUACUAACAACAACAACAACAAUAUUGAAGAAGGAGGACAAAGCGUUGCAGCAGCUGAAGCUACGACACCAUCUUCUGAAAAGCACAACGAAGCCUUCUUUAUUUCAUUCACCGAUGAGCGGCCAGCGGUGAAUCGAAGCAAGCAAGCCGUCAACAAGACACCUAAAGCCAAAAUGGAUUUACUGUCACCAACUGAAAAGCAGCCGUUGACUCGGACAGCAACGCAAACUUUGGUUUCUCGAGCGCCACAGGAAAAUGCGACACCGAGCAAAGAGGAGAGUGCUGCUGUUUUUAACAAGCCAGUGAAAAGUCCAGUGACAAAUCCUGAAUUGGUCAAGCAGCUUUACGAAGUGAAAAGACCAGCAGCUGCGCCGGGUGUUGCCUUUGUUGUCGGUGCAGUUGAAACUGAUGAGGCCUCACCUGAGAAGGUGUACACUAAUGCUGAAGAGGAGGCGAACCAAGAACUGGAUGAUGAAGGUCGGCCACGUCCGGUUACGGAAGAGGAUAUGACUCGGAAGAAAGAGUUGAUUAUGAAACAGUCUCUUCGACGGCGAAUUGAACAGGAGGAGAAAAGACUGCAAAAAGAGCAAGAGCUGGCAGCUAAACGGGAAGCGGAACAGAUUAGACGCGAACAAUCCGAACGUAAGAAGGAAGAGGAAAAAGCAAAGAGAGCUUUCAUUUUAGAGCAGUACAAGCAGCGCAAGCAGAUUGAGGAGGAGAUUGAGAAGAAUGGCGGUCCCUUGGCCGUGUCGAGGAGCUCCAGCACUCUAGUUCUCAACAGACAGACACCACAGGGCUCCAGUGUGAACAUGCGACCUUCUCGACUGAUGUCUGCCGGUGGGCGGCCUCGGCCGAAGUCACUGCACUCCACCCUGAUAGGACUGGACGGAAACCCCAUUGCGAACAGUGGUCCUCAGUCAGGCCGUCUAAGUAGCUCUCGGGAUGAAAUUGACUUGGUCAGCCGAAUGAGCAAUGCCUCUCGACCGCAGUCAGCACUGUCUAGCCAACUGAACUCCACCGUCACUACGCCCACACAUUCGGGGCCAUUCGGGGAAGCCUUUGGAGAGUAUGCCCUCAGCAGCACUGGACCUACAUCAAACACUUUCUACGAGUACAACGGACCGAAGUUAUUUGUUAAGCCAUCGCAAAAGUCAAACAAAACACUCAUUUUGAAUGCGAUCAACGUGGUUUUAGCUGGUGCCGUCAAUGCAGAGACUAACCGUCGGGUUGCAGAAGUGAUAAACUCGUGUGAUAGCAAAUACUACUUGAUACUGUUUCGCAACUCGGGACUACAGUAUCGCGCCAUAUAUUCGUACUAUCCAGAGCGUGAUGAAGUUACUAAGCUUGACGGCAUUGGACCUCGUUCAGUAAAUAAUGAUAUGAUUGAAAAGUUUUACAAAUACAACUCGGGAACUAAAGCGUUCACUGCAAUUCAAACAAAACAUUUGUGCGUUACCAUUGACGCUUUUACAAUCCAUAAUUACUUUUGGAUGACAAAAAAGCAACAGCAGCAGCAACAAAACACUCCAAGAAGGUUUAUUUAA